AGCAUGUGCCUGUUUGCUUGGUGCCGCUUUCCUGAUAAAUCACAACAAAGCUUCCAGAGGGAGAGGAAGGAUGGACAGCUCGGCUGCCCCUGUCACUAAAUCUGCAGCUGCCAAGUUAGUUAAGAAAAAUUUCCUUGAGGCUCUAAAAUCAAAUGACUUCGGAAAAUUGAAGGCCAUUUUAAUCCAGAGGCAAAUAGAUGUGGACACAGUUUUUGAAGUUGAAGAUGAGAAUAUGGUUUUGGCAUCUUAUAAACAAGGUUAUUGGUUGCCUAGUUACAAAUUAAAGUCUUCCUGGGCCACAGGCCUGCAUCUUUCUGUCUUGUUUGGUCACGUGGAAUGUCUUCUGGUGCUACUGGACCACAAUGCUACAAUUAACUGUAGACCCAACGGGAAAACUCCUCUUCAUGUGGCUUGUGAAAUGGCCAACUUGGAUUGUGUUAAGAUCCUCUGUGACCGUGGAGCAAAGCUCAAUUGCUACUCCUUAAGUGGACACACAGCUUUACACUUCUGUACAACUCCAAGCUCCAUCCUCUGUGCCAAGCAAUUGGUUUGGAGAGGGGCGAACGUGAACAUGAAGACCAACAACCAGGAUGAGGAGACACCCUUGCACACGGCUGCCCACUUCGGGCUCCCAGAGCUAGUGGCCUUCUACGUGGAGCACGGGGCCGUAGUGGACAGUGUGAACGCCCACAUGGAGACCCCACUGGCGAUCGCGACCUACUGGGCCCUCCGCUUUAAAGAGCAGGAGUACAGCAGGGAGCAUCACCUCGUCUGCCGCAUGCUGCUGGACUACAAGGCCGAGGUCAACGCCCGGGACGGCGACUUUAAAUCUCCGCUGCACAAGGCAGCCUGGAACUGUGACCACGUGCUCAUGCACAUGAUGCUGGAGGCUGGCGCCGAAGCCAACCUCGUGGAUAUCAAUGGCUGUGCUGCCAUCCAGUAUGUGCUGAAGGUCACCUCCGUGCGACCUGCCGCCCAGCCGGAGAUCUGCUACCAGCUGCUCUUGAACCAUGGGGCUGCUCGAAUAUACCCUCCACAAUUCCAUAAGGUGAUACAGGCUUGCCAUUCUUGUCCCAAAGCAAUCGAAGUUGUCGUCAAUGCCUAUGAACACAUCAGGUGGAACGUAAAGUGGAAAAGAGCUAUCCCUGAUGAGGACUUGGAGAGACACUGGGAUUUUUACCACUCUCUCUUCACUGUGUGCAGUAACUCUCCAAGGACUCUCAUGCAUUUAUCGAGAUGCGCCAUUCGAAGAGCAUUACACAGCAGAUGUCACAGCGUAAUUCCUUUGCUUUCCCUCCCAUUGUCAUUGAAAAAGUACUUGCUUUUAGAGCCAGAGGGAAUCAUUUAUUAAGCCUUAUGAGACAGAAGUUCCCAAUCCUAGAUGUUUAAGUGGACUCGCUGGGUAGACACAGUUUGCAUAAAUAAAAUGGUACUUGGGUUGAUUAUAACACUUCAGGGAUUUAAAAACACUUUACAAACAUUGUCAUUAAUCCUCGGGUAUCAUGGUGAGGGGAAAUAAAUAAGAGGUGAAGUUAAGUUGUUCUCAAAAACAAGAGUAUAUCCAGAAGUUACUGACAUAACAAUGAUAAUUAAUAUACAUAGUGCUCUUACUUGGUGCCUGCUAUAAUUUUGUAAAAAUUUUCAUAUGUUAUCUCAUUUGAAAUGGGACCCAGGUUUUCUUACAACCAAUUUCAUUCUCUCCUUAUCAGUAAUAAGUUUACAUUACCGUUCAGCUGGCAGAAUGCUAGGCUUUGUGAUGGGCUUCUUACUCUUGGUGUCCUCUGUCCACUCCCAUGUAGCACAAAUUACUAUUGCUCGUUUUGCAAACUCCUUUCCCCAUAUCAAGCUCCUCAACUUACUUUUAGUGAAGAAAGCAUGAGCAUAGUCAAAACAAGGAGAUGUUUGAGUCAAAUUAGAAAUGAAAAGCAAAGACCCAUCCACUUGAAAGUCAAAAUGGACAUUUUAACACACUCUCUUUGAGCCAAAGACUGGAGAUGCAAAGGUGAGUCCAAAGCGAGGACUCCUGCCCUCCAGGAUCUCACCAUUUAGCAGAGGAUCUGGACAUAUAAGCCGGGAACUGCAGCGUCCACUGUCAGGGGCAAGAGUACAGGUGCAGAUUCAUUCUUAGUGCUUGCCUUUCAAAGUCGUGUUUGUGACGUGGUGUGGUUUUCAUUGACUCCUGAUGACAAAGACUGAGGGAUUGUAUGGAGUAGCGGGAUCUCCAGCUGCUAUGAGUAUAAAUGUAAAUGGAUUCGCUUUAAGUUUCCAGGCACAUCUAGUUAUUUUUAGGUUAGAACGAUUUCGUGCUUAUUGCUUUCCCAGACUCUUUGGGAAAAAUAUUGCACACUCGAUGCGUGUGACAAGGAAGUUUAGGAAAAUGUGUUUGAGGAAACGUUUGAAGGGAGAAACUUAGGUUGAUUACUUUGCUCUUUUUAUAUAACAGACUGACAUUUCAGAGCAUUUUAGCUAGAAGAUAAGGGGCACUUUGCUGGCUAUGGCCGGCUACAGAAAGCAUAUAGAAAGACUUUGAAAAUGGUAAAAGUUUGAGAAACUUGGAAAGCCUAGUGUGUUAAUCAGGUUUGUUAGCGGUUUGCAGAAAGAAAUGCAGAUGAUUAACUUCUGAACCUCAUGGUUUAUGAGGCCAAUUUCGCUUCAUUUUUUUGUUCUUGCUAAUCGCUUUUAGAGAAGCUCAUUGACUCUUAGCAUUGCCUUUUAGAGGUUAGAACAGAAGUAAUUAAGCACAAACAAGUCGAUUUGCCAGUUAUGAGCGGGGCUUUGUGUGUGUGUGUGUGUGGUACGUAUGUGGUUCUCCAUCUUGUUUAACUUUAGAUGCUUGAGUUUUGAGUAUAGAUGACGUUAAAUAUUCCACUAGCCUGCCACCUAGAGUUGUGCUUCACAUACUCUAGGAUUUGCAUAUUCCUGGGGCUAUGUAGGAAAAAUCAUAAGUGGAUACAAUAAUCUUUCUGAAGUAUCAGUUCUACUCAGAUACUUUGGGAGAAAUAUUUUGUACUAAAAUAAGAUCUAUAUUAUGGAUAGAAUACUGUGUUUGUAUGAUCUAUUCAUAUAAAACACAUGAUCCUUCAAAAAACAGUUUGCUUGCAGCAAGUGGUGUUAGAACACAUUCUAGAAUGCCGGGCAGAGGUGCUGCCCUCCAGCUUCAGGAAUAUUCUGGCAGAAAUAUGUGUGAUGCUGUGACUUAGGCAAUAAAGCUGAUGCUAAGGACAAAGGGCGAGGAUGUUCCUUGCGUGGGGAAAUAACGUAUCCCAGUCUGCCUGCUGUGCUUAAACAUUCUGUGUGAAUCUGGCAUAUGAUACAGGACUACUUGCUUUGAGUGGUUUAUUUGUGGAUUUAAAGUUA